UCACUCACGAAGACCCCACUGAGAUGAGUGUUUCAUCAUUGAGUAAAGAAAGGAGAUUUUGUUGUUAGCCUCUUCAGAAGCUAGAAAGAGAGAGAUAAUGAGCAAAAGUAGCGGUGAUGGUAGUGGGCCUUGUGGUGCUUGUAAGUUCUUACGCCGGAAAUGCAUUAAAGGUUGUAUUUUUGCACCUUACUUCAACUCAGAACAAGGAGCUUCCCACUUCGCAGCAGUUCAUAAAGUGUUUGGUGCUAGCAACGUUUCCAAACUCCUCCUUCGCUUACCUGUCCAUGAGCGUGUCGAUGCUUCUCUUACCAUCUCUUAUGAAGCCUUGGCUCGUAUUAAAGAUCCUGUUUAUGGCUGUGUUGGACACAUCUUUGCUCUUCAACAACAGGUGGUGAAUUUGCAGGCGGAGCUAGCGUAUAUUCAAGCUCACCUCUCAACCUUGGAGCUUCCACCACUGCCCAUGUCUCCAAAUCAGUCUACUGCCUGUGCAAGCUUCCAUGUUUUCUCAGAAAACUCACUACCAGCUUCUGGUACAUCAGCAUUGUUGGAUCCAAUGCAGGUACAAGAGAUAUUCGGAAUGGCAAGUUAUUGGAACCAAGUUGAUCAAGAUCCUAACAAUGGCAAUUUACCGGCAUUGGCACGAGAGUUUGUCUCUAAAUACUUGCCAGGAGGAAGAUUCCGGCCACCGGAUUCUUGUUAGAAUGUAAGCAAGUUGAGCCAAUUUAGGGACCAGCUAGUUCUUACAAGCCCCCAUUACUAAAACUAGUGCAACUCAUCUUAGGUCUGGUCCUUGUCAAGUUUGAUUGUCAAAGUCUCUGCACUUU